AGGCUUGGACAAACAAGUGGAUUGUUUGCAGUUGAGAUGCUGGUGAGGCAGGCCAUGGUUCACACGUAAGUUCACAGUGAGUGGCACUGUCAUGCUGCCAGGAGUCGGUGUGUUUGGCACAGGGAGCACAGCCCGAGUGCUGGUCCCUUUGUUGAAAGCUGAAGGCUUUGAGGUUCAUGCACUUUGGGGGCGAAGCGAGGAGGAAGCGUGCUGCUUGGCAAAGGAGCUUGGCAUCCCGUUUCACACCAGCCAAUCGGAUGACGUCCUGCUGCACCAAGAUGUUGAUUUGGUUUGCAUUUAUAUUCCACCCUCAAUGACGAGGCAGAUUGCAGUCAAGGCACUGGGUAUAGGUAAAAAUGUUGUGUGUGAGAAAGCUGCUACUGCUGUGGAUUCGUUCAAGAUGGUGACUGCGGCCAGAUACUACCCACAGCUGCUCAGCAUUAUGGGUAAUACCCUGCGCUUCCUGCCAGCUUUUGUUGCAAUGCGCCAGCUGCUGGUGGAGGGAUAUGUGGGCGAGCUGCAGGUGUGUGACGUCCGGGUGUAUGGCCCGAGCCUCCUGGACCAAUCGUACGGCUGGACCUGCGAGGAGCUGAUGGGAGGAGGCGGCUUGCACACCGUCGGCUCUGCCAUCAUCGACCUUUUAAGUUACCUGACGGGCGCUCGAGCCCAGCGGGUGCACGGUUUGCUGCGGACCUUUGUGCAGCAAAACAGUUUGAUCCGUGGCAUCCGCCGCGUCACGAGCGAUGACUUCUGUUUCUUCCAGAUGUUGAUGGGUGGAACUGGCUCUGGCGGUGUGUGUUGCACCGUGACCCUGAACUUCAACAUGCCGGGGUCAUUCGUGCACGAGGUUAUGGUAGUUGGAUCCACUGGGAGGCUGGUCGCCAGGGGCACAGAACUGUACGGUCAGCGCAAUGGGAGUAAAGGUGAGGAGCUGUUGCUAGGCGACAGUGGGUGGGUGGGACCAGAAGUGAAAGAGAUGCCCCUGCCUCACCUGCGGGGCCUGAGCUCCAUGGUGAAGGCGUUGAGACAGUCUUUUCAGGCCCACGAGGAGCGCCGGUCGUGGGCGCGAGGACCGGUUGCCAUGGCACCAACAUUUGAGGACGGUCUGUACGUGCAGACGGUGGUAGAGGCGGUGAAGCGGUCCAGCUGUAGCGGAGAAUGGGAGUGUGUUGAGAUCAUGAGUCAGGAGCCAGAUCCGAACCAUAACCUGUGCGAGGCUCUCCAGAGAAACAAAAACUAAUUUAUUCACCUGGUGCACCUACUACAUGUCUGACAGAACGGGGCUCUGAAUGUUUCUCCUUUAAUUCCGCUGCUUUAGCAGUUUACAUCACACAUGACUACUUUACAUUUUAAUGUUCUGACACGUUUUAAACAGAAUAUUUCAUUUUGAACGAAAGUAGCUGCUUGUAACCUUUGCAGUUACGAUUUGUUUUACACUAAAUUUUUAAACCACAGCUCCAUUAUUCUGAUUCUUACCAAAACAUAUAGGAAUAGCUGUCAAUUCAGACUAAGUGUGUCAAAAUCAACCUGUGCCUCAUUGACUGACACAUGUGCCAAAAAGCAAAUGCUGUCUUUUUAUUCUUUGCUUGAAGUCAUGACUGCGGAUUUCCUGCCAAAUAGGAUUGAUUUGCGUCACCUGUCAGUAAUGCACCACUCCCACAUUAAAUAUUUGCCAGGAGCAAAAUUGGCUGAAAAAACAGGUGAUGCUGGACGACAGCCUUUAUUUUACGUCACACUUGUUUUAACACAAUACUGUAGAAAUGCGUCUAUUAUCUUUGCAGUUGGCCAAGGGCACACCUUUUUUCUGAAAUUUGUUCAAAGUGGCAGAUCCGUGCCCAAGUUCUGUAUGUAAUAAAAUAAAUAGUUGACUGAGUAUUAGCACUGUCAGUCCAACAAUUGGUGCCAGUGAUUAGCUUUGUAUCCUGACCCAUUUUGUACUGUGUCAACUCAACAGUUUGUUCCAGCGCAAUUAGUUUAAGCUGUUAAUUACUGAAAGAUAUCGUCAAACAGAGACAACAUGUGAAUCACUGUUGUGCAGAAAAUGUAAUGUGCUUAAAUGAAAAUAUAUCGGUGGUAAUAUACACCAGUAGCAUCUUUUUUUAUUAUGAAAGAGAGUGUUUUCCGCAGGCAUGAAUGUGAAUAUAAACGCACAAGGAUGAUUUGACAAAACACUUGUCGUGACGCCGGCAGACCUCAAACGAUUCUCUACUGGAGUUAAACUAAUUCAGAAUGAGAAUAAUGGAGCUGUGUACAGUUUACUUUUUGUUUUAUUUUGGAUUGUGUAAUAAUAAGCCUAAAUUUAGAUAGUUUAAAAGACGAUAGGCUUGUAGGUUUUUAUGUUACGGCAUGCCGUGACAUAAUUAAGAUACCAGGGAUUGACUAAAAUAAGCUAUGUAGAGACUAGGAAAAAAUAAAAAUAAAUUGUAGCAUCACCCCUCAAAAUGCCCAGUUCUUUAUUUUAGAUAUAUGUUCUGAGUAUCACUCUGCUAUAAGCUAGAAAAGAGGCUGGUAAGAGAUUGUAAUUUGACACAGAGCAGCUGUAGCGAGGUACAACUUGUGUCUAAACCAUCUAAACCCUCUCAAACUACUCCUGUCUCUGCAAAAUGCUUCAGAGUUUUAUUUUUUUAAUAUCUGCUUCCUCCAAAUGAAUUGCCUCUUCCAAGAAAUGAUUAGUGCAAAUGGAAUGCCAUGUCUUGUAAUAUUUUACACAAUGGAUUGGAUUAUUAAUCGAAGUGUCCUCUAGAGAUGUUUGCUUUUACCAGCCCCCUGCCAGGCUUACACAGAGUGAACACAUGAUGCUACAAAUGAGAGAUUUUAGGUAAAUAUUAGCAGAAACACGCUCAUCUUAGCAAUUACAGAUUUGUGCCCUUUUAUUAUUGAACUGACGGACUUUUAAAUACAAAGCCUGAGUGUGUUUGACAAAAGUUUAACAUGUAUGUAAAAGGUUUGUUUACAUUUGUUAAGCAGUGAAGUUAUUUUUAUGUUUUUUUACCAGAUUUGUUGUUUUGGGUUUUUUUGUUUUUUUGCAUUUAUUACAGACGUGCUAGUCCAGAGCCAGCAUCCACCAUUUAACACCAGUCACUCUGAAACUGUACUGAUCUUCUUGUCUAGAGUAAAACCACUGGAUUUGACCUGCGUGAGAGAAUAAAUAUGUGCCUCUCUGAGCUCGGACCAAGAGAAGGGUCGCUUUACAGUUGUUACAGUCGCUCACUGCAUCUCACUUCUGCUGAAGGAAUAUCGGGCUUCACUGUUCGUAACGCUGAGACAGGAUGUGUGGAAGACGGACGCAGUGUGUAUUGAUCGGUCUGUCUACUUCUUGGAUCCACGCAGGAUCUGCUGAAACAUACGCAGAACACGCUUACCUCACGCUAACCUAACAGUGCUUUACGAGAACAGCUAAUGGAGUUUACAUUAAGUGUCUUUAUGAAACACAUCGCAUUUUACUGCAGAACCCAUCACUAUUAAAAGACAUUCCAACAGAGUCUUCACCUUCUGGUCAACAGUUGUUUAUUUUUUGUCUGUUUAGUUUUGUUUGCACUGAAAACUAAUAGAAUGCCACAUAUUUAAUAUGCAGUGUAACGCUUGUAACAGCCAGCUCGCUGCAAAGAAGAAUUUAACAUGUGUAUGAGGAAAACUAUUUAUUUAUGAGUUGGUGUGCAGAAAGUUUGCCAUCGUUUGUUCUGUCCAGUGUUUGUGUUUUCAGCCUGUGAAUUUUUGUUUAAAACUGUAAUAUUUAUCUUUUUUUUUUUUUCUUUUUUUUUAGAUUUAGUGUCGUUUUAACUGAUAAUAUGGCUUUUUUUGAGCACUAAUGUGUUGCUUUAAAGUUGGGAAACUGUGCUGUUCAUCUACCUGACAGAUAAUUCCUUUAAUAAAUAAGCUGUAUUCAUUCAG